AUGAAGGCAUUCCCGUAUCUGUUGGCUCUAGCCAGCCUACUCCAGUCUGGCAUCGCAGCACCACAUGAGCAACCCAGACCCUUGCGAAUUCGCACCAACACCAUCUCGCCAGGCGAGGCGAACCAGAUCCAUACCGUGAUAGUCGGCGGCCCCCAGGAUCUCAUCGUGCCCAACUUUAUCAUCGCCGCUAUCGGCGACGUUAUCCAGUUCCAGUUCAGCAGCGGGAACCACACCAUCACCGAGGGCAUCGAGGGCUCGGGCUGCCAGCCGCUGCAAAAGUCCAACCCGCUGGCCAUCCACUCCGGACACCUCCCCUACAACAAGGGCGACCAGAACGUCAUGGUCUUCAACGUGCCCGUCAACGACCUGAACCCCAGGCUUAUCUACUGCGCCACCGGGCCGCACUGCCAGACCGGCCAGGUUGCCGCCAUCAACCCGAGAAAUGGCCAGCAGCUGGUCAACUACAUGAAGGCGUGCCAGCAGGCAAAGGAGAAUGUCGACGCAGGCAGUCCCUCUGGCGGGAUUGUCGCCCAGAUUCCUCUCGAGAAGGCUGCGUUUAUACCCGCAGAGCCGGAGGGUGCCUAG